AUGGUCUCGCUCGGCCACCGGGAGGCGUCGCCGGUCCAGGCGCAGGUGUGGCCCGUCGCCCUCGCCGGCCUCGACCUGCUCUGCCGCGCGCCGACCGGCUCAGGAGAGACCAGCUGCAAGACGCUGGCGUACCUGCUGCCUGCCUUUGCGCACGCCGCCGCGCAGAGCCGCCCCACCCGGCCGGGCGAGGGGCCGCGCGCACUCGUCCUCGUCCCGACGCGCGAGCUCGCCGUGCAGACACUGUCGGUCGCUCGCUCGCUGCAGCGGGUGAGCGGAGGGCUGCGGGCGGCGGCCGUGUACGGCGGAGGGCCGCGGGAGGAGCAGGUGUCGGAGCUGGAGGGCUCCUCCCUCGCGCUGCUCGUCGCCACCUGCGGCCGUCUGCUCGACAUGCUCGAGGCCCAGGUGGCGCGAUCAUGA